AUGACACGUACAAAAGCGACGGUGCCACCACGUACGGCGGCUACGCUGACUACGUGCGUGUUCCUCACGAGUACGCCUUCAAGAUCCCGGACAACAUCCCGUCGGACGUUGCUGCUCCGCUGCUCUGCGCUGGAGGCUGGCGUGCAGCCCGGUAAGCGUGUGGGUAUUGUGGGUAUCGGUGGUCUGGGUCAUCUGGGUAUCCAGUUCGCUAAGGCCAUGGGCGCUGACGCCGUGGUGGCCUUCUCACGUUCGGCCAACAAGGAGAAGGAAGUGCGUGACUUGGGCGCGACGGAUUUUGUCAACUACAGCGACGAGAAGCAGGCCGUCGCUGCUGCUGGCUCGGUGGAUGUGCUGCUUGUCUGUGCUAAUGCCGACAACAUGCCGUACACGCUGUUCCUGAGCUUCUUGGCGGUCCGUGGCUCGUGCAUCAUGGUGGGUCUGCCCAACGAUGAUGUCAAGUUCAACGCCUUCGGUGUUGUGGGCAAGGGCGCUAAGUUUGUGGGUAGCAACAUCGGUAGCAUCCAGGACAUCAAGGAUAUGCUCGAAGUGGCGUCCAAGAAGAACGUCCGCGCUGUGAUUCAGAAACUGCCGAUGAGCAAGGUGAAUGAGGGCAUUAAGAUGGUGCGCAACGGCUCGGUGCGCUACCGUGUUGUGCUUGAGAACUAGGCGUGGCUGCACUGAUAAUGUACAUGUAAGGUUCAAUACAUGCGAAUAGGCCACCUUGAUAACGAUCCAUAGACCCGAGUCGUUCGUUCAAAGCGACGAUUUGGUUCGAUCCAAGCGGGAUCCACUCACCCAUUAGACACACGGGGUUGGCCAGUACAAUAGCUUCGGAUAGUGUGUCGCGGAUGUUGGAUUGGCCACUGGCAGCCUCCAGUGCUCGAUGAGCAUUCGAAGACAAUUGUUGAUACGCUUCUAGACUGCGUACACAUUGUGGAACGAAAGGGCUGGAGACGUACGACACAUCCUCAGUCUCAGUCACUCCGGAGUAUCUGAAAUAUCCGAUGGAUUCCAGAAUAAACCGACCUUCUUCGUUAAACUCGGGUUCUUCUUCAUUAAUUUGGAUCUCCCCACUUACUCCAGCCAUGAGGUGUU